UUCGGUUCGCGUUGAUACUCGGUCACAAAGUGAGUUUUUUUUAUUUUUAUUUUUCCUCUCCCUGAAUGGCGAGUAUGAACCAGGUUUCGCGACUUGUAGCGACUCGGACGAGCCGACGUUAAGCGCGGAUCCGCCCGCCCCGCGGUGGUCGCGAUGAAGAAGCCCGACGUCAAAGUGGUUCUCCUGGGAGACAUGAACGUGGGCAAGACGUCGCUCCUGCACAGGUACAUGGAGAAGAAGUUCAAGGAGAGCGUCACCACCACCAUCGGAGGGGCGUUUUUCCUCAAACAGUGGGGGCCUUACAACAUCUCAAUAUGGGACACUGCUGGUCGUGAGCAGUUUCACGGUUUGGGCUCCAUGUACUGUCGAGGUGCGGCGGCUGUCAUCCUCACUUACGAUGUCACCAACUGGCAGAGUCUGGCUGAGCUGGAGGAGCGCUUCCUGUCCCUGACCGACACCGCCAACCAAGACUGCAUCUACGCCAUCGUGGGCAACAAGGCGGAUUUAACAGACACUCAAGCCCAGCAGACUCAGGACUCUGAAGGUGUGUCAGAGGAGUGUGAGGCGGACAAGACAGGAGUACAGGUGCCGUCUGGUUGUCCCACUCCCCCGGCCUCGCCUGUAUCAUUUACUGGCCCUGUGCCAACCAAACAGGUUAUGCGAGAGGACGCGGUGGCGUUUUAUGGGAGGAUCCUGCGCUAUAAGGGUUUGGAGGAGAAGAGCAGCCCACCUGCAGAGAAGAUGUGCUUUGAGACGAGUGCAAAGACGGGCUACAAUGUGGACGCUGUGUUUGAGACACUGUUCGAUCUGGUGGUGCCUUCCAUCUUGAGGAAGAGAAACGAGACAUCAUCUACAGUCAACCUGGACGAGGACACGGGGGGCAGCAGGAAGGGCAGCAAACGUGCCUGCUGCUAGACCUGUCCCAGGGAAGCGCUGGAGAUGGUCAGCAGCUCCAGGUGGAAACUGGGGUAGUACCACUUUACUUCCACACACGUUUGUCGAGGUAGAAACUCAGAUUUUUGGUUGAGUCGAUCACUAAACUCCUCGGGUGGCACCUCCUGGUAGAGUUUGUGAUUUUACUUUACAUGCUGAAAAUUCAAAUUUUAAAAAUGCAACAAGUAUUAAUAGUUGUCAUAUCAUGUCAACAAUUACUUUGUAAAGAAGUAAAAUAAACAAGUGUUGGGUUGUUUUCAGAGUUCUCAUACAUGAUUAACUCAAAUUAAACAACUCUCAAACCUGA